GGGAGCGGAGCGCAGCGGAUGGGUGAAUUUUAGCUGGCAGCAAGGACGUCGCUUACAGAGUACCCCGAGACUGAGGCACAGACCAGGAUGCGAACUCCGGAGCGCUGGGAGCAGAAGAAAGAAUUUGCCAUGAAUGUUAACCGCAGGAAUCUGGCGCUGCAGCUGUGCAAGGCCGUGUGCGAUGGGGACCCCAGGCAGGUGGAGGUGCUGCUCAAGCGGGGCGCAGACCCAAACCUUGUGUCCCCCAAGGGGGUCGCAGCCGUGCACCUUGCUGCAGGGAAGGAGACAGAGAAGAGGAUUUGCUGCCUCAGUCUCCUCCUGCAGCACCAGGCUGACCCCAACGUUAGGUCUGUAGAUGACCUGACCCCUCUGCACAUUGCUGCCCUAUGGGGUUGCUACCAGAACCUUCACCUGCUGCUACAGAAUGGAGGAGACCCCAGCCUAGUGGACCAGGAAGGGAACACGGCAGCUGAUUUAGCGAUCCAGCAGGAAAACCGGAAGUGUGCCCAGAUCCUACAGGAGUAUCUCUCCUACAGCCAGCUGGAGUCGGAGCAGGAAGACUCUCCCAGAUGCCAGUUCUCGUUUUAUCGGAGCUGCGAUGGAGACGGCUCAUUCUUUCAUGAGCUUGUAGAGGACGGUGUCCUGGACGACAGCAGCGAGUCAGUCCUUGGUGACUGUCCCCUCAGCAGCACCCGGAGAUCCCUGCAAGAUUCGGACCACUUGGAUCUGUCCACCAUCAGUGCCAGAAACAGCUGGGGAGGCAGGGGCAGUCUGUCAGGACAGCCCAUCCAGCAGUGGAGACGGGGCUCAGACCAGGGUGGCGGCGUGGCUUCGGUGUUGUCCAGCACUCGUGUUUCAACCUCGGGCAGAACGGAUAGCCAGGCUGUCCGCUUGCUUCUUCCUGUGCUUCAGGAAGAUGUCGCCUUGUCCGAUUCCCAUUUCCAACCAGGAGCCACAGAUCGAGGCAGCGUGGAACCUCUCCACGAGAAUGCGGGUGGGGUGUCUGCUGUCAGAGCCCCUCCCCCUGCUAGACGGAAGAGCGUGAGUUUCAGAGAAGUGGAUGAGUAUUUCCCAGCCUGCCGCACAGAGUCGCCCGUGUAUCCCGGCUCUGAAAAGGACCAGACCGAUUCCUCGGUGGACACCACUGUUGACUUCUCCACGUACUCUGAUUUCAUGGAUUCCGAGCGCAUGGUGACCAUCAAGAAGUUUCAAGGCUUGGAUGUCACGUCUCCGGAUCACGUAUUUGUUUUCUGCCAGCAGGACAACUCGACCUCUCCCAGCUUGGAUAAGACAGUGGUGGAACAGUAUUUCCCAGAGGAGGAGGAGGAAGAAGAAGAAGAAGUAGCAGUAGUAGUGAAGGUUCAGCAGGCUGCAGAUAGGGGGCCCCCCAUCCAGGCGCUAACUCGGGGCAGCAGUAGCAGUAGCAGUCAGUACAGCAGCUGUGAAAGUGAGUACUAUCAUAGUGUAAUGGACACUUCCCUCCAGCACAGAGCUGCUUCAGCAGAGGAAGCGGUGGAGGGGAGUUUGGCGAACGGAAGAAAUUCUCCUCUGCCUCUCGCUCCUGGUGUUCAGCAGGGCAGCAGUGCGCCAGGCUGCUCUGUGAUGGUCACAAGCCCUAAUCCACGGAGCAACCUUCGCUUCUCCCAGGCAGGAGACGGGGAAGCCAAGAACAGGUCCCCGUCGACUGGGGGAGCAGCCACAAGAGGAGAGGGCUCCUCCCAGGAGGAGGAGUCUAAAAGGGAUUCCCCCUGUGUCAGGGGGGUCAGCCAGGCAUCCCUCAGCCCUUCCCAGGCAACGGUCCCGGUUCAGAGGUGUGUGGCCCCUCCAAGUCUGGGCUCCGAGGAGGCCGGUUUCAGGGAGAUGCUGAGGAACCUGAUGUUGUCCACCAAAGUUCCCCAGCCUCUUCCUGCUGCUGACUGGCCAACUGAGACACGGGAAGACACAGGAGGAGAGGAGACCCUUCCACAUAUGGUCUCCAUCAGCUCGUGUGCCUCCAGUACAGCCAGCCUGCGAGGUGGCAGCGAUCAUCAGCUGGUGAAAGAGAGCCUCAUCUCCUCAAAGUCUUCCUCUGGGAACAGAGCGACCCCUAUAGGAGUGGAGGUUGCAGAGCAGAACUCUCCUCCGCGGUCGCUGACCCCCUCCUCCUUUGUCACGGGGAGGUCCAAGACCCGACAGUCCCGCUGCUUGCUCAGAACCAGCAGCAUCAACAGCAGCACGGCCUCGUCCUCCUGCGCCUCGCUGUUUGAGGAGACACUCCCCACUCCCGUUCGCCUCCGUCGCCGUGAACGCAGCCCCCCUGGAGACCACCGGGGGACCCCUCUCCAGGAGAACCACAAUGGAGAGGAAACGGAAUCUGAAACGGGCAGACUCGGGACUUCUGGAGAGGCAUCUAGCACAGGAUUAUGGUCUAGAGGCUGGGAAGGGAGUGAGGGGGCUGGAGCCAGCCAGGCUGACACGGUUCUGAUCGGUGGGCCUGGAUACAGCCAGGCUAGCACUGUGAUGAUUGAACGGAAUCCGUACACCGAAGGGAAUCGAUACAGUGCUGUGAUUGGCACAGAGAAUAGAGGCAGUCUGGUCGCCACAGUGGUCCUUGAAGAGUCUGCCCGUGGGGAGGACGUAAAUGAUGUCUUUCAUCCCAAGGGUCUGUUUCAAGAAGAUGAGGUGACGCUGCCUAACGGAGACGGUACAGACGUCACGGGGUUCCUGACGGAUGAUUGCUCGAGCACCAGUGGGGAAGGGAUCAAGAUCGCUCCACAAGAAGCUCCCCAGUGUCCCCCUGCCACCGACCGCAGUGCCCAGCGGGAUGAAAGCUGGAUGACUGAAGAUGGAGAGAAUACUCGACUUGACUUUGCUGCCAGGGAUAAUCCAAGCCCCCUUUACCCUCCAGGCCCCUCCAGUUCUUCAGACAACGGGAGGGAGCGUUGCGCUGCGCCAGCUGCCCUGCCCGGUUCCCGAGUCUCCUCCAGGUGCGGCUCAAGGUACAGCAUUAGCCGGCUGUCUGGAGCCCCCCAGGGCCUGCACAAGUUUGAGGCUAACCUCUCGUUCACACCUGGUGGCCGGCCCCUGAUCAUGGGCGUGGCCGAGCCCGUGGAGUUCCUGUACACAGACGAGGAGGGCCACGCCCUGAUAGAAUGCCACGUGCCUCCCACCGCCAACACCUCCAUGUGUUCGGACACCUCUGCGAGCGAGGAGACGGUCUUGUACGACUGGAGGUCCUUCCACGUCAGUCCGAGGAAAGAGAAGGAGAACCGCUCCCCCGACAGAGAGAUCUCCCCCCAGAUCCGCAGGCUGAAGGACGGAGAGCUGAGGCAGAGACUCCAGGAGCUGGGGGAGGAACCCGGACCUAUAAACAGCAUGACCCGGCCCAUCUACCUGCGACGGCUCUCCCGUCUGGAGCAGGAGCACCGCGGGAAGGACACCAAGCACAACCCAGGGUACAGUCAGGAGCUGGCUGCCUGCCUGAGCACUUUCACACUGCCCGACUGCCAGGCAGACAUGAUGACGCUGUGCCACCAGUUCGACCAGCCCGACCUGAGCAGAAAAUGGCGAGAAGGGGUGGUGAAGUCCAGCUUCAACUACCUGCUGCUGGACCCCAGGGUGACAAAGAACCUGCCUUUCCGUUCCUCUACCAUAAGCCCCGCGGAGCGCUUCGAGACGUUCGUCCGCGCUGUCUUCUACGUGGGCAAGGGCAAGCGAUCCCGGCCCUAUAGCCACCUGUAUGAGGCACUGGAGUACUACAAAGGAGACAAGACCAGCAAGAAGCUUUGCUCCAAGGUGCAGCACAUUCUGCAGGUGUGGGCUGCCGGCCAGGGGGUGAUCUCUCUGCACUGCUUCCAGAAUGUCAUCCCUGUGGAGGCUUAUACCCGCGAGGCCUGCAUGGUAGACGCCAUAGGGUUGAAGAUGCUGACCAAUCAGAAGAAAGGAGAUUAUUAUGGGGUGGUGGCGACCUGGCCAAUGAAACGGCGGCGUCUGUUGGGCGUGCAUCUGCUCCACAGCGCCAUGCACAUCUUUCUGGCGGAGGGGGAGAGGCAGCUGCGGCCGACAGACAUCCGCGCGGGGCAGUGAAAUAGUUUGAUCUUCUGCUGCUUGAACCCGGGCAGCUACGCGGAAGCACAGCAGUGAGACAGUGCCACGAUGACUGAGCCACCUCGAGCACUACACUACAGCCCAGCAGUUUGAAUAACUUUGACCCUGGCACCUUGUAGUAGGACUUCUGGGUUGCACAGUAAACUGAGCAGGAUAUCCUGGUUGGACAGAGCAUUACAGAAAAUGAUAAUCUAGUUGACUUGCUGAAACCGUUCCUGGCUGUUAGACUGCAUUUGUGAUUUGACUUGGUCAGACGUUUCUAAAUAAACUACAGAGAAUUUUGUAAUUGCACUGAAUGCAGAGGCGCUGGCCCAAUGUUUUGCAUCACCCUAUAGCAUGAAAUAGCUUUGCUUUGAGUGAAACCUGCUGAAUAAUGU